AUGGAGCUCCCCUGUCUUGCUGUUGAAACCCCCACCACAGCCAGCUCCAGCUCCACGGAUCCCCUGUACGACAACUGCCCACCUUUUGCCCAGCGAGGCAGGGCCAGGGAAAAGGAAAUGGAGAGUAGAGUUCUGUGCCCUGCUGUAACCAGACUCCCAGGCCCCUGCAGCCCUCUCCCUGGUCUGGCUCCAGUUGUGGCUGAGGUUCCCACACUAGCUGGUGGGGGAAGAGGGCCUGGCACCUGGCCAGAUCACAGUUACUGCAGCUGGAGAGAAAGCCUGGGAAGACAGUGCUGGGGAGCAGAGAUGGGCCCAGGCAUGAACAGAGCACGAGGAGGAGAGAGAGGGGGAGAGCAGGGGAGUAGCUGGGGAGCAGAGUGUAGAGGAAAGGACAGAGCUCAUCUGAACCAGAGCCCCAGCCCAUCACAGAGUGAGGAACACCGCAGUGCUCUGUCUCUCUAUGAUAACCUCCCUGAUGCUGUCACCCCUGAUAGCCUCCAGGCUGCCUUUGACAUGGAAACAAGCUUCCCAGAGCACCUACAGGAACAGAUGUACCAAGCAUGGGCCCCUGAGCAGCUCCAGGGACUGAUGGAGGGUGAGGGAGUGAGUGAAGAGAAGAGCCCUUGGUCUUCCUGCGAGAUCAUCCUCCCUGAAAGUGGCUCCAUCAACCAGGACCAGAAUCCAGACCAAGAAAAGGAGCAUGAACAGGAGCCUGAGCUGGACUCAGUAUCCUGUGGAUUUCAGCAGGGGGACUCGAUGCUGCAUCCCCCGCUCUCUCAAAAGAUGUUGCCUCCUCAGCCACAACUUGCAAGGCGUUCCCCCCAGCAAUGCCAAACUGGGUGCCAAGCUCCUUGGCUUCAAGCUGAGGCCCAGCACCAAGAGCAUUCAUCCUGGGCUCCUAGGGUGCCCCCUCCCAUACCCCUUGCCGACCCCUCUGCCAGUGCACUUCGCAGCCUCCUCACCAGCCUCCAACAGCAGAUAAUGAGACAGAGGGAAGAGUAUGAGGCACGAAUAAUCAGCUUGGAGCAGAGAAAUGAGGAGCUGCAGGUAGAGGUUGCUCGGUUGAAAGCCAACCUUGCACAGCAGCGACACUGGUACCAGGCUGUGCAGGCUAAGAUUGCGGAGUCUGAAAGGGUCCGCACUGAUGCAGAAACACGCAAUUCAGCGCUGCAGAAAGACAUGGAGCAGUUCUUUGACAACUUUGGAGAACUCAACAAUGAGGCCAAGAAGACAGAGUACAUCGUCAAGAGCUUUUGAGAAUGAAUAUGUGUGGUGUGUGAUGAUAUGAAGAGCAAGUGUGCAACGUAUAGGAAUAAAGGCAAAAGAU